UGUGUGUGCGGCGCAAUUUCACAUCAAAUGGACGCGUGUAUUUCAUCAGAGGCAGCUUGUCUUUCUCAGUGAAAUUUUCUUUUCUACGCACUGCAAACCGUUCCGAUCGGGCCAAAACAAUUGACAACGUACUUCGGAGCACUCCGGGCACGGAGUAGUGCUAAAAGGCAGCACGAGAAACAGUGGGUUGAGUCUUUUUCUCCUGAUUAGCUGUUCCGUGCUGCUGUAGCUCGUUGUUGCUGUGUGCCGAGAAGAAGAAAAAGAAAACACGACAUUUGUUCUUUUUUCUAGCAAAAAAAAACUUUUCAACUGGUGCAAAACAUAAAGCGGCAUCAAGAUGAGCGGGGAUUCGAAGGCGCCGUUGCGCACGGUGAAGCGCGUACAGUUCGGCAUCCUGUCACCUGAUGAAAUCCGACGGAUGUCGGUAACGGAGGGAGGCAUACAGUACGCGGAAACGAUGGAAGGUGGCCGGCCGAAAUUGUGCGGUCUAAUGGACCCACGGCAGGGAGUGAUUGAACGUACGUCGCGAUGUCAGACGUGUGCAGGCAACAUGACCGAAUGCCCGGGACACUUCGGACACAUCGAUCUUGCAAAACCGGUGUUUCAUAUUGGAUUCAUCACGAAGACCAUAAAGAUUUUGCGCUGCGUAUGCUUUUACUGCUCCAAAAUGCUUGUCUCGCCGCAGAAUCCGAAGAUCAAGGAGAUUGUGUUGAAGUCGAAAGGUCAGCCUCGCAAGCGCCUUGCAUAUGUGUAUGACCUGUGCAAGGGAAAGAAAAUUUGCGAAGGCGGUGAAGAUAUGGACAUGACUAAGGAGCCCUUACCAGAAGGCACCAAGAAGCAGGGUCACGGAGGUUGCGGUCACUAUCAGCCAUCCAUCCGGCGCACCGGACUGGAUCUGAUGGCCGAGUGGAAGGAUGUGAACGAUGAGAAUCAGGAGAAAAAGAUUCAGGUGUCGGCCGAACGGGUGUACGAAAUUUUGAAACACAUCACCGACGAUGAAUGCUUCGUGCUCGGUAUGGAUCCAAAGUUUGCUCGUCCCGAUUGGAUGAUAAUUACGGUACUGCCCGUUCCGCCACUGGCUGUCCGUCCGGCGGUUGUUAUGUUCGGUGCCACGAAGAAUCAGGACGAUUUAACGCACAAACUGUCCGACAUCAUCAAAGCAAAUAACGAGCUAAAGAAAAAUGAGGCAACUGGUGCGGCGGCACACGUCAUUGCGGAAAACAUCAAAAUGCUACAAUUCCACGUCGCGACACUGGUCGACAACGAUAUGCCCGGUAUGCCGAAAGCGAUGCAGAAAAGUGGCAAGCCACUGAAAGCGAUUAAAGCACGCCUGAAGGGUAAGGAAGGUCGUAUUCGGGGCAAUUUGAUGGGAAAGCGUGUAGACUUUUCGGCCCGUACCGUCAUUACACCCGAUCCGAAUCUCCGCAUCGAUCAGGUCGGUGUGCCACGAUCCGUCGCGCAGAACAUGACCUUCCCGGAGCUGGUGACUCCGUUCAACAUUGAUCGGAUGCAGGAGCUGGUGCGCCGUGGUAACUCGCAGUACCCGGGCGCCAAGUACAUUGUGCGCGACAAUGGUGAACGAAUCGAUUUACGUUUCCACCCGAAAUCGUCCGAUCUGCAUCUGCAGUGUGGUUACAAGGUCGAGCGCCAUCUGCGUGAUGACGAUCUGGUCAUUUUCAAUCGUCAGCCCACGCUACACAAAAUGAGUAUGAUGGGGCAUCGUGUGAAGGUGCUGCCGUGGUCCACUUUUCGGAUGAAUCUUAGCUGUACCUCACCGUACAAUGCCGAUUUCGACGGCGAUGAGAUGAAUCUGCACGUGCCACAGUCGAUGGAAACGCGAGCAGAGAUCGAGAAUAUUCACAUUACACCGCGGCAGAUCAUUACGCCGCAGGCUAACAAACCGGUCAUGGGUAUUGUACAGGACACGUUGACGGCAGUACGGAAAAUGACCAAGCGCGAUGUGUUCAUCGAGAAGGAACAAAUGAUGAAUUUGCUGAUGUUCUUACCAACGUGGGAUGGUAAAAUGCCACAGCCCUGUAUUCUGAAGCCCAAACCACUGUGGACGGGUAAACAGAUCUUUACACUGAUCAUUCCGGGCAACGUGAACAUGAUCCGCACGCAUUCCACACAUCCAGACGAGGAGGACGAUGGUCCGUACAAGUGGAUUUCGCCCGGUGACACGAAGGUUAUGGUCGAGCACGGUGAUCUAAUAAUGGGCAUCCUUUGCAAGAAGACGCUCGGUACAUCGGCUGGUUCGUUGCUGCAUAUCGUGUUCCUCGAGCUGGGACACGAAAUAGCUGGCCGGUUUUACGGCAACAUUCAAACGGUCGUUAACAACUGGUUGCUUUUGGAGGGUCACAGCAUCGGUAUCGGUGACACAAUUGCUGAUCCACAGACGUACGCCGAAAUUCAGCGUGCGAUCAAGAAAGCCAAGGAGGACGUGAUAGGCGUGAUCCAGAAGGCGCACAACAUGGAGUUAGAACCCACGCCGGGUAAUACGCUGCGUCAGACGUUCGAAAAUCAGGUGAAUCGUAUUUUGAACGAUGCUCGUGACAAAACUGGUGGUUCGGCAAAGAAAUCCCUUACUGAGUACAACAAUCUAAAAGCUAUGGUCGUUUCCGGUUCCAAGGGAUCCAACAUUAACAUUUCUCAGGUUAUUGCUUGUGUCGGACAGCAAAACGUAGAAGGUAAGCGUAUUCCGUUCGGUUUCCGGAAACGCACACUACCCCACUUUAUUAAAGAUGAUUACGGUCCUGAAUCACGAGGCUUCGUGGAAAACUCGUACCUUGCCGGUUUGACACCGACUGAAUUCUACUUUCACGCUAUGGGCGGUCGUGAAGGUCUGAUCGAUACUGCUGUCAAAACGGCCGAAACUGGUUACAUCCAGCGUCGUUUGAUAAAGGCUAUGGAGUCGGUAAUGGUGAACUACGACGGGACGGUGCGUAAUUCGGUGGGACAGCUGAUCCAGUUGCGUUACGGAGAGGACGGCCUUUGCGGGGAGACAGUCGAGUUCCAGAAUUUACCUACAAUUAAGCUCUCGAACAAGGUGUUUGAGAAACGGUAUCGGUUCGACCCGACGAACGAGCGUACGCUACGGCGGAUCUUUAAUGAAGAUGUCAUCAAGGAGCUAACCGAAUCGUCCUCCGUCAUUCAAGAGAUCGAAGCCGAAUACGAGCAGCUGUUGCGGGAUCGGGAAGCACUCCGGCAAAUCUUCCCGAACGGUGACUCGAAGGUUGUACUGCCCUGUAACUUGCAGCGCAUGAUCUGGAAUGUGCAGAAAAUUUUCCACAUCAACAAACGCCUGCCAACAGAUUUGUCUCCACUGAAGGUAAUUCAGGGCGUGCGCGAUUUGCUGCAGCGUUGCGUGAUUGUGGCCGGUACGGAUCGUCUAUCGAAACAGGCCAACGAAAACGCCACCUUGCUGUUCCAGUGUCUGGUCCGCUCGACGCUCUGCACGAAGUACGUGGCCGAGGAGUUCCGGCUGAACAAUGAAGCGUUCGAGUGGUUGAUUGGUGAAAUCGAGACACGUUUCCAGCAGGCGCAGGUCAAUCCAGGUGAGAUGGUGGGUGCAUUAGCAGCCCAGUCGCUCGGUGAACCGGCCACCCAGAUGACACUCAACACGUUCCACUUUGCCGGUGUGUCGUCCAAAAACGUAACACUCGGUGUGCCACGACUGAAGGAAAUUAUCAACAUUUCCAAACGUCCCAAGGCACCGUCGCUUACCGUCUUCCUGACGGGUGGAGCGGCUCGUGAUGCAGAAAAGGCGAAGAACGUGCUGUGCCGGCUGGAGCAUACGACACUGCGCAAGGUAACGGCUAACACGGCCAUCUACUACGAUCCCGAUCCGCAACGGACGGUCAUUGCGGAAGAUCAGGAGUUCGUGAACGUGUACUACGAGAUGCCGGACUUCGACCCGACGCGCAUCUCACCGUGGUUGUUGCGCAUUGAGCUGGACCGUAAGCGCAUGACGGAUAAAAAGCUAACCAUGGAACAAAUUGCCGAAAAGAUCAAUGCCGGCUUUGGGGAUGAUUUGAACUGUAUCUUCAACGAUGAUAACGCUGACAAGCUCGUGCUGCGCAUCCGUAUCAUGAACGAGGACAACAAGUUCCAGGAAAGUGAGGAAGAAAACAUGGACAAGAUGGAAGACGAUAUGUUCCUGCGGUGCAUCGAGGCGAACAUGCUGUCCGACAUGACGCUACAGGGUAUCGAAGCGAUCGGCAAGGUGUACAUGCACUUGCCACAAACGGAUGCGAAGAAACGCAUCGUCAUUACGCCGGAAGGCGAGUUUAAGCCGAUAGGCGAAUGGUUGCUGGAAACGGACGGCACCUCCAUGAUGAAGGUGUUGAGCGAGCGGGACGUCGAUCCGGUGCGCACAUACAGCAACGACAUCUGUGAGAUCUUCUCCGUGUUGGGCAUCGAGGCGGUACGAAAAUCGGUCGAAAAGGAAAUGAACAAUGUGCUGCAGUUCUACGGUCUGUACGUGAACUACCGUCAUUUGGCGUUGCUGUGUGACGUUAUGACAGCGAAGGGUCAUCUCAUGGCCAUCACUCGACACGGUAUUAACCGACAGGAUACGGGCGCACUGAUGAGAUGUUCGUUCGAAGAAACGGUGGACGUGUUGAACGAUGCGGCGGCCCACGCUGAGGUUGAUCCGAUGCGUGGUGUGUCGGAAAACAUCAUCCUAGGGCAGUUGCCCCGUAUGGGCACGGGUUGUUUCGAUUUAUUGCUGGACGCGGAGAAGUGUAAGCUCGGUAUGGAAAUUCCGCACACCUCGAUCCUUGGUGGGACAGGCAUGUUUUUCGGUUCGGCAGCGACACCGAGCAUGACGCCCUGGCAACAGUCAGCCACACCUGGCUACGGCGGAUGGUCUCCGUCGGGGCCUGCUAGUGGUAUGACUCCCGGUGGUCCAAGCUUCUCGCCCUCGGCACAAUCGGACGCUUCCGGAAUGUCACCAUCGUCGUGGUCCCCGAUCCGCGGAUCGCCCAGCUCACCCGGUCCGUCGAUGUCACCGUAUCCGCCAUCGUCUCCGUCGAUGUCACCGUCAUACUCUCCGAGCAGUCCAAAUUACGCACCAAACUCACCAGGUGGAGCUUCACCAUCAUACUCUCCGACCAGUCCGGGCUAUUCACCACCUAGUCCACAGUACUCGCCGGGAAGCUCCAACUAUUCUCCGAGUAGUCCGAAUAUCCAUUCGGCCACGCAAAACUAUUCGCCGACGUCGCCCAGCUAUUCCCCAAUGUCGCCGAUGCAUCCGACGAGCACAUCCAACUUCGCUAGCCCGGGUUAUUCACCGACGAGUCCCUCGUACUCGCCAACGUCGCCCAGCUAUUCACCGUCAUCGCCUGUCUUUUCCCCAACCAGCCCAUCGUAUUCGCCUUCGAGUCCUUCGUACUCUCCGACAAGUCCAUCAUAUUCGCCGACGAGCCCGUCCUACUCUCCAACAUCGCCGAACUUCACACCCGUCACUCCGUCGUACUCUCCAUCCAGUCCGAAUUAUUCGCCCACCUCUCCACACUAUUCGCCCGCAUCGCCUAGCUAUUCUCCUUCGUCGCCGAAAUAUUCACCCACCUCGCCAAGCUAUUCGCCGACCUCUCCUUCUUACAUCGGCAGUCCACAUUACACUCCGGCCAGCCCACAGUACGCUCAAACCAGCCCCAACUAUUCGCCUACGUCACCGAGCUACUCGCCGUCAUCGCCACAGCAUUCACCGGGCAGCAGCAGCAAUCACUACAGCAUCGGAUCGUCCUCUUAUUCGCAAACACCGGCACCGUACUCGCCUAACAUGUCUUCGUACUCACCCAGCAGUCCGAAGUAUUCGCCGACGAGUCCAGUUUACACUUCUAGCUCACCCACCUACUCACCUUCAUCGCCGGCCUACUCACCAACGCCACAAGGAUACAGUCCCUCGAGUCCAGCCAGCCCUACCUAUUCACCGACCAGUCCCUCAUACGAUGACAGCAACGAGGAUUAAGGAUUUGUUCGAAGAGAGUAACUGCAAUGUUGAAAAACGGAUUAACGUUUUCUACGUCUUUUCUGCUGUUGACGACGUCCUUCUACGUAAUCUAAGGAACAUAUUACGAACAUGAGUCAUUUCAUAUCUGUGGAGAAUAUGUGUUACAUCAAGGGGUUUUGUAUUUCAAUAACAAUUAUUAUUUAAUGAAUUUAUAAUUAUAGUAGAACCAUAAAGCAAAGCGAUAACGUACGAAACGAGUUUUGUUUUCAAAUGGGGACAGAAGGAGGUAUCGAUAGGUUCACCUAACCGUGCCCGGCAAGAGGAGCCGACUAGCGUUUCCAAAAUAGACAAUGUUGCACCUCUAAUAACGAUAUGAAAGUCACGUGCGUUUAGUAUCAGGUAGCCGGCGGGGAUACUGGUGCAGAAGGAUGCGGAAGAAUCAUUUGUAAAUGGUAUUUAUAAGAAUUUUAGAAUCAUAGAAAUGCCCAAUACAUUAUUUCAAUAAAAGCCUACAAUAACGAAAAACACA